AUGUUGCAUGAGAAAUCCGACAAAAUCGCAUUAAAGUGUGAGUUGAAUUUUCCUGAACAAAAUACGACUAUUUUUUUUGCAUAACGAAUACUUUUGAGGUCCACGAGGCAAGCAUGGUCAGAAAAAAACAGAAAUCAAAAUGCUGGAGAAUGAGGCCGCAGUUCUGCGAAGUCUCGGAGAGCACCCCAACAUCAUUAACUUUUUCUCUGCAGGAUAUAAAAGGUCGAUAAAAUUCGAUUUUCUUUUAAACUUUCGUUUCAGCUUUUUAUGUUUCAAAUUCGGGCUCAGUUACAUUGUUCUCGAGUACUGCGAGAACUUUUCAUUGAACUCAUUUUUGGGAAGCUACCAGGAAUCAACUCUCGAUCAAGGAAAUACCGAUCGAACAUGUCUAUAUGAAUUGAAAUUUCCAUCCAAAGUUCUCAAAAAUCAAAGCAACAUUCCAAAUUAAUUUCUUCACAGAAUUCUGAAAAAACCGAGGACGUCUUGAUGUUUGUCGAUUUAUGUUCAUAUUCCUGGCAGAUUGCGGAAGGAAUACAGUUUUUACAAUCAAAAAAGGUAUCACGAUAACUUCGAAUAGAGUAUUAUGAAUAUAAUUAGUGUAUUCACGGAGACCUCGCUCUAAGAAAUAUUCUUCUGACAGCGGAUGGAAUUUGCAAAAUCUCUGACUUCGGAUUAUCUCAGAUCGUUGAUCCGGAAUCUUCCACGAAACAUCAAGAAAAUCGGAGAAAACUUUUUGCUUUUCCUUGGUGUUCUCCGGAAAAGCUGAAGAGUGGAGAAUCUACAUUUGCUGUAGGGUGACGUAACUUGAACCUUUCAAUCAAAGAAUUAAGUCGGACAUUUGGGCUUUUGGUGUGAUCCUCCAAGAAAUAUUCACUCUCGGAGGCGAUCCUCACGCAGGAAAGACCAGGGAAGAAUAUGAGGAAUUUCUGAAGUCUGGCGGAAUAGAAGCUCGUCCGUCUUUGUGCCCUCAGGCAGUGUAAGGGCCUUUGUAUCCGGGAUUUUUUUCAUUUAUUUCUAGUCAGGUAUACUUUGAUGCGAUCAUGUUGGGACCCUGACCCUUUCGAACGCGCCAGCAUCGAUUUUUGCAGUAAUGGUUUGAGAAACUUGCUUCUGGAAGUUGAUGCAAAUGUAAGUUUCUCGUAGGCUUCAAAAAAUUCUAAGUUCUUCUAGAAAGCCGUCGCAUUAUUCAACAAACUGGUGCCGUCAAAAUAUAUUGAAGGUCCGAAUAUUAAAUCACCAGUAUCUGAAAACCUAUCACUUUUGCAGAAUACAGAAACUUUUUUAUAGUUUUUUUUUACCUUUUUCGAUUUUUAGUUCAUUUCCGUGUUUAGAAAUUUUGCAAUGUGCUCACGGGUUUUUUUAACAACUCCUGCCUCACAAAUCAUUUCAGAUCUUAGUUAAACUUAGGAGAAAAUAUAAACCGAUGGAACAUUCAUCAAACAAUACACGCACACACAAAAACACAAUGAAGAGGAGAAAAACCAGUCCGGAAGGAAAAGGAUGUACAAAGCGGAAGAAAAUUGAAGAUAAAUAGUGUUGAACUCAACGUGUUGGUUGAAAUUUAUCCAAUCGACUCAAUUUUUUUUCGCGAAUUCGAAGUGACGGAAAUAAUGAUUAACUCACUUGAAGAGUACUAACAUAAUCGAUAGAAUGAUAAGGGUGUCGACCAGUUUUGCACGCCUUUUCUCAAUGUUUCUUUUCUUCGUGUUGUUUUUGCCAGUCGUUAUAACUAACGAGGGAGCCACAGUUCUUGACUUUGCUGUCGGCGAUGGAAGUCACAAAAUCGAGGUACAUAUAUAUGCUGAAUUUUUCGAUGGGGAUUUCUCGAAAUGAAUCUGUUCAGGUCUACGAUAAAACUCUGUACAUACAGGCAAAACCAAAUGACACAAUUAGUAUCGAAUGUCGAUGUGCUGGCCAUCCUAAUUGCCAACGUGAGUUGAAAAAAAGUUUUUUUCUUAUUUUGAUGACGUUUAGAUGGGCUAACAUUCCAAUUCUCUAGCGAUACUGAAGGUCGAUCCACGCCUACUUUGCUCAGCAAUAACACUCCCUUCGAAAUUCAAAAGUUGACCAUUCCUGAAGUUUCGGUUACCGAAAUCAUCAGAUUUUCUUUUUUUACUCCUUUUAAAUUAGAUCGAUUAUUGCGGUUUUUUUACACAUGUCAAUUGAAAAACAAUCCGGAAAUAGAAAGUUCUAUCUACUUGUUCACUGGAGGCUAGUUUUAGUCAUGUUUCUAGAAAACUAUUGUUUUAUAGAUUUUACAACACCGCUCUUCAUACCUCCAGAUAUAGACGGGUUUUCCACAAAAACUUCGGACUUUAUUGUCCCUUGCCGGUCUUCAAAAUUUGUCACGAACGCAAAGCUCUUAGUCGACGCAGUCUCCAAAGAUAUUCCCUACAGCCCGUUGUAGGUUUUUCAAAUAAACGAACUUUUAAAUUCCGUGUUUAGUGUUGGUUUCAAAAUAGAGAGAGGACCGACGGGAAGACAUAAAUAUACUUGCAAGUAUGAGAAAGAAACGUCAAACUACACAGUCGCCAUGUAUGGUGCUCUCGAAACCACUUUUUAAUAUUUAUUCCGUGAGUUUAAAAAUAAAAAUUUUUUUCUAUGAAGAAAUUACAGGUGCUUCUUGAUGACGAUAGUUUUCAAGUUUGGUGCGAAGCUUACACGGAUGAAAAAAUCGAGAAAGAAGAUGUUAUAACGAUUGAAUUAAUUUGUCCACCGAAGUUGAGCGGACAAUGCAAUGAGGUGAUUUCUGUUAUUUUAUUCCCUUUGGCUUUAAUUUAUUCUGAUCCAACUAAACAUCUCUUAAAAUUAAUUCCAAAAAAAAAUUUUUUUUCUAUUCUAGGACGACACGGUGGUUACCAAAAACCCAAUGAUAGGCACAAAAUCGACGUUCACUACUUGGGGCGAGCAUUUUUCUGGAAUUUUCACCUGUGUCCUGACAAUAAAUGGGAGUAGAAGAGCUCAUUGUUUGGUCCACGAAGAUCUUGUCGAAUUUCCUCCGCCUCCAAAACUGAACUCUACACUCGAAGCCAUGAAGUCAACCACUGGGCGAUAUAAAAUAAUUGCCUCAACUAUCGGAAUUUUUUUGAUAGUUACAGCCUUUAUUCUGGCCAUUUUACUCUGCAACUCACAAGGACGGGAAUUGAUCCUAAUGUGAGUUAGACAAAAAAAAAUUGAUUUAAGACUUUUUCUAGAACAUUCUCCAGCAAGCACGAACGCAUACACAUGAACGACCGCCUUUUCAACUUUUCUAAAGAGGUUUGAAGAAAUAUCAACUUUCCAGCCUUCAGAAAAUUAUUUCCUUUCAGAAACAAAUAGGGGAAGGAGAAUUCGCGCGUGUAUAUCUGGCUACCAACAACACUCUUGCAGAGCUGGACCACAUUUUUUACAAAGUCGCUUUGAAAUGUCAGUUCUAGUCUCUCAUUCUUACAGAUAAAGAUCGAAUUCAGAUCCCCGUGGUAAGAGAGGACAGAGAAUCGACGAAAUAGCCAUGUUGAAAAAUGAAGCUGCGAUUUUGGAACAGCUAGAUUGUCACGAGAACAUCAUUAACUUUUUCUCAUUAGAAUACACAAGGUGGUUGAAGUGGAAUUAUUUCAAAAUCUAAUGGAGGAUUAUAGAUUUUUCUAUUGCACAUUUGACGUCAGUUUUAUCGCUUUGGAAUACUGCAACAAUUAUUCUUUGAAAAUUUGUUUGGAGAAAUUUGCCGAGCCGCAGUUGGACCUGGAAAAACACGAGGAAGAUCGUCUUUAUAACUUAGAAUUCCUUCUGAAAGUUUUCCAGAAUCACUAAAAAAAUAAGAAUAGAGUAAAUUAUUAAGAAAUGUGAAGAUAAAGAAAUGAACACGACGGUUGAAUCGCUGAAGUUUACCGAUUUGUGUUCCUACGCAUGGCAAAUAUCGCAAGGUCUCCAAUUUCUUCAAACAAAAAAGGUAAAUAACUGAUAAAAAAAAUGAAAAAUAUAUUUUCAGUGCGUUCAUGGUGACCUCGCAUUAAGAAACAUUUUAUUGACUGAUAAUGGGAUUUGUAAAAUUUCCGACUUCGGAUUGGCUCGGAUAAUUGAUGACGAUGCUGAUAUCGAACCUCAAGCGGAGCGACGCAAAAAUCUUCCAUUUGCCUGGUGUCCAUUGGAAACCUUGCAAAACGGCAAAUCCACGUUUUCGGUAGGUUUCUGAACGGAUAACCAAUGAUUAUACUGUUUCAGUCAGACAUUUGGGCUUUCGGAGUAGUCCUUCAAGAGAUUUUCACUCUUGGAGUCGAUCCUCAUCUAGGCAAAAGUUGGGAAGAAUAUGAAGCUUUUCUGAAAUCUGGAGACUUGGUACCUUGUCCACCUCUGUGUCCAGCAAUUGUGUCAGUACAUUAUCUUAUCAAAAAUUGGAGAUGAAGUUAUUUUUUUCAGAUAUGAAUUAAUGAAAGAUUGCUGGCAUAAUGAACCAACGAUUCGAAUCGGCAUCGAUUUCUGCGUCAAUAAUUUGAGGAACUUGCUACUGGAUGUGGAUUCAAAAGUGAGACACAUUUUUUUAUUUUUUCAGAGUUCAAAUAAUUUCAGAAAGCCGUCGAGCUUUUCAAUAAAUUGGUGAAGUCAAAAUAUGUUAGCAUUUCUUUCGCCAACUCGCCAGAUGUUUCUACUCCAUUUCUGUUUGAAAAUGAAAAAGUUAGGCAUUUCUAAAUGUUUAUUCUUUCAUUUUUUUAAAUUUUGUUCCCUUUGCAGCGUAAUUUUGAAGCUUCCAAGCAAAUUUCUUUCUCGGGUUGAAGUUUGUAAACGAGUACAUUAAUAAAUAUUUUCUGAUUCUUUCUUUUUCUAAUGGCUGAACUUCUUUUUUGGUGUUUUUCAGUGAAGUCCGACUCUUAGAGCUCAUCUCAGUGUCAAUUAUAUUUUUUUCACACUUUAUUUUGUAUAUUGAUUAAAUAAAAGAUAAAAAGAAUCCGAUAGUGAAUUUAUGUAAACGAAUUAUUUUUUUAGCUCCCGAUUCAUUGAAUUUUUUUAUUGCUACAAAGUCUGAAAAACCGCAAAGAAAAAAUCAUAUGAAAAAAACUAGAAAGGAAGAAAAAAAUUGAUCAAGACAGGAAGGAAAUCAAAAAAAUUGCGUGGCAUUCGCUGUUCUCGGUUUGAUGCUGGAAUUUUACAGCGAUCUUCACCUUUUUUUGAUUCGAACCGACAGAAAUCUUGAUUAGCUGAAUCAAUGAGUACUCAGAAUCGACGAGAAAAAAAAAAUCGAUGGAUGAUAAGGCAACCGACCAGUUUUUCACGUUUUUUUUUUCAUGAUGUUCUCGUUUUUUGCGCUGUUUCUAGCGGUCGUAUUAACAAACGAAGGAGCAACAGUUCUCAACUUUGCGGUCAGCCGUAAAACUCAUCAGAUCGAGGUUUCCGCUGCUUUUUCCUUUUGAAGAGAGGAUGUUAAUUUAUCAUUUUUCCAUUUUUUUUUUAAUGCUUCGGCUUGACUUCUGCUGUUGGUUCAAUUUCAAAUACCCUAGAGAAUUCAGGUGUACAAUGGAACCCUCUUCAUACAAGCUGAACCGAAUGACACAAUUAAGAUCGAAUGCCUUUGUUCUGGCCAUCCGAAUUGCCGAUGUUAGUUCAUUGAAAUAAUUUCUUUGUUACUCCAAUGAUUUUAGUUGGGAUAUCGUUCCAGUUUUCUAGCAAUGUGGCGGGUCAGCCUCCGCCGGAUCUACUCAGCAGUAGCGCUUUUCUUCGACAUCAAGCCUUAUCCAUUCCUGAAGUUUCGGUUCACACAUUUUGGCCAUUUAGUUCAAAUUUUGAUUCUUAAUCAGAUCAGUAACUGCGGGUUUUACACUUGUCGAAUGAAGAAGAACCCAAGAAUUAAACGAUCGAUUUAUUUGUUCACUGGAGGUCAGCUUAAGCAAAAUUGAGGUAAAUAUUUUCUUUCUACAGAUUCAACAACACCGCUUUUUAUACCUCCUGAUCGAGACGAUUUCUCAAUAAGUAUGUCACCUUUUGUUAUCCCUUGUCGAUCUUCGAGACUUGUGAAAAACGCAAAAAUUUUGAUUGACGGAGUUUUCAAAAAAAUUCCGUACAGCCCUUUGUAGGUUUUCUUGAACCUUACAAAUUAUCCCAAAUUAUUUCCAGCGUUGGUUUCACAAUAAACGAUCGUGAAAUGAAGAGACAUAAAUAUACCUGCUUACAUGGAGAUGAAACCUCACACUACACUGUUAUUGGCGUCCUCGAUACGACUUUCAACAUUUAUUCGGUGAAUAUCGAUACAUUUUUUGAGUAAUUUAAAAAAAUUUAUAUAACAGGUGCUUCUUGACGACGAUAGUUUCCAAGUUUGGUGUGCAGUUUUUACUGAGCAUUUGAACGUGACAGAAGAAACGAUAACGAUAAAAUUGGUUUGCCCUUCAGAAUUGAAAGGGCAAUGUAAUGAGGUUACUUACAUUGGUCCCUACUGAUUCUAGUGAUAUUGAAAACCAAGACUUUCAGGACGAUACUGUGGUUAAUAAAAACCGCUUGAUUGGCACAAAGUCAACUUUCCAUACAUGGGACGAAAACUUUUCUGGAAAUUUCACUUGCGUUCUAACUAUCAACAGUACAAAGAGAACUGAACACUGUGCCAUCCACAAAGAACUCGUCGAUUUUCCUCCGCCUCCAAAAUUCAACUCUACACGGAAAGCCAUGCAAUCAGCGAUUCUGCGAUACAAAAAUUUCUCCUCAACCAUCGGGAUUUUGUUGAUGGUUUUGGCUGUCAUUUUGGCAUACUUAUUGUGCAACUCACAAGGAAGAGAAUUGAUCAAAGUGUGAGUUCAGGAGGGGAAGAACUGAAGUUUCUGUGAAUUUUUUUAGAACAUUUUCCAGCAAGCACGAACGCAUACGUAUAAACGACCGCUUUUUCAACUGUUCUAAAGAGGUUGAAAAAAUAUCAAUUUUUUAGACUUGAGGAAAAAGUCCUUGCAGGAACUGAUAGGAGAAGGGGAAUUCGCAAAAGUUUAUAGGGCUACUUACAGCAUCCUUGCAGACCCCAUCUACCAAAAAGUUGCUCUGAAAUGUCAGCCGCAUCUUUUUGGAAAAAAAAGUAGUUCUGUUUUAGAUCCACGUGGUAAGAGAGGACGAAGAAUUGACGAAACGACCAUGUUGAAAAAUGAAGCCGCCGUUUUGGGAAAGCUAGAUUCACAUGAGAAUAUUAUAACCUUUUUUUCUUUGGAAUAUCGCAGGUAAACUUUAUUCAGUGUUUUCAAAUGAACUAGACCAUAAUUUAGGUUUCUCUGUUGUAAGUUUGACGUCAGCUUCACUGCUUUAGAAUACUGCGAAAACCAUUCUUUGAAAAGUUUUCUGAGGAACUUCGAAGAACCAAUGCUCGACUUUAAGACAGAUGAAAAAGAGCGGUUGUAUGAAUUGGAAAUCGUUAUAAAGGUUUCCUGAAACCAGAAGAGCUCAAAAGUAACAUUCGAUUUCAAGCAUUCAGAGAAGGAGGAAAGGCAAUCAAUGA